GCCCCCAGAUGUUUAGUGUCUGGUAGGGAGAGAGACAAUAAAGACCCCAUUAAGUUACACCCUUUGUUUUGUAGUGUUGUAUUAUUACAAGCCACCUGGUGUCUUCCUACAGUGCUAUGGAAACUAGGAGGGAGGGAGGGAGGAAGGAAGGGCAAGCGAUUUUGCAAGGUUAAAGUGUGGGUUAGUUUUGGGGUGGAUAUAUAUGGGAUUGGAAAAAUACAAAGCCACACUUUUGCAUAGUGAACAUGAUACCAGAACACCAAAGUCUAGUCCCAUCUCUGCCUCUUUGGAAGGGUGUGAAUUGCCUGAAAUCCUCUCCACUGACCAGAUUUACACAAAUUAUUUAGAAAGUGUGUCUCUAAAGUUGCAAGCCUCAGGUGACAGGGCUGUAAAUGAGGGAAGACCAGGAUGUGGAGGAUUCUCUUGCCUGCUUCACAAGGCGAAAUGCGAUAAUCUAUGUGAACACGCUCGGAAAUUGUAACGCCCUUGGUGGAUAUGUAUUCAGACCGUCAGUGAAUUUUAACUUGUGCCCCCUGAGUCCCAGAAGGUACAGCCCAGCAGAAGAUUCGCGCACAGAGCCUGCAGCCCCUGCUGCCCGCGACCACGAAAUGGAAGAAUUGGCAGAACAUGGCAUAUUUCUCCCUCCUAAUAUGCAAGGACUGACUGAUGACCAGAUUGAAGAAUUGAAAUUAAGGGAUGAAUGGGGUGAAAAGUGUGUACCCAGUGGGGGCUCGGUAUUUAAAAAGGAUGACAUCGGCCGAAGGAAUGGGCAAGCUCCAAAUGAAAAGAUGAAGGAAGUGUUAAAGAAGACUAUAGAAGAGGCCAGAGCAAUCAUAUCGAAGAAACAAGUGGAAGCCGGAGUCUGUGUUACCAUGGAGAUGGUGAAAGACGCCUUGGACCAGCUGCGAGGUGCAGUGAUGAUUGUCUAUCCCAUGGGGCUGCCGCCAUACGAUCCCAUCCGGAUGGAAUUCGAAAAUAAAGAAGACUUGUCUGGGACUCAGGCAGGACUGAAUGUUAUUGAAGAAUCAGAGGCCCAACUGUGGUGGGCGGCCAAGGAGCUCAGAAGAACAAAGAAGCUUUCAGACUAUGUGGGCAAAAAUGAGAAAACCAAAAUUAUCGCCAAGAUUCAGCAAAGGGGACAAGGGGCCCCAGCCCGAGAACCGAUCAUCAGCAGUGCGGAGCAGAAGCAGCUGAUGCUGUAUUAUCACAGAAGACAGGAGGAGCUCAAGAAAUUGGAAGAAAAUGACGAUGACUCCUGUUUAAAUUCCCCGUGGGCAGAUAACACUGCUUUGAAAAGACAUUUCCACGGGGUAAAAGACAUCAAGUGGAGGCCAAGAUGAAGUUCACCAGUUGGUGAUGCUUUCAUUAAUACUGGCUCACCUUUCCUGUAGGCAAAAUAAAAACACAUUUAAAUAAUAAUAGGGCGCCCAACACCCUCUGAAAAAUGUUGAAUUUCUAGUUGUCCUAGUUUUGCUUUCCGUUUGAAUGUGUCCGAUAAAAAUUAUUUAAGGUUUUAGAAUUUAAUAAAUAUAUCCUCAAAAGCA